UGCGCACAUUGUACUUAUAACUAUCUACAGCGGACAUAAACACAAGAUACAGGUCUGAAAAACUUUUCUCGUUUUAUUUUGGAAUUUAACCGGAAACAGAUGAGGAGUUUACUUUCGUGGGUAAGUUGCAGCCGGUCUCACCUCUGCGUGACUCUCCGGUGCUGUCGGUGAACACGAACCGGGCAGAGCAGAAGAAGCCGAAGAAGAAGCAGAAGCAGAAGCAGAAGAAGCAGAAGAAGAAGAAGCAGAAGAAGAAGAAGUACACACAGCGGGCGGUGAAGUCAUGUUCAGACUCCUCAGCCACCAAGGAAAGAGGACGCGGAGCUGCCUCGCGGCCCAGCGCCGCCAUGAGCACCGCGGGGCCGUCAUGGCUAUCCGCCGCGAGGACAUCAACCCCUGGGAGAGGAGGGCGCCGCUCGCCCCCAAACACGUCAAGGAGCUCACCGCCGCCGGCGUGAAGGUCCUGCUGCAGCCGUCCAACCGCAGAGCCAUCCACGAGAAGGACUACAUGAGGGCGGGCGCCGUCCUUCAGGAGGACCUCUCGGAGGCGUCCCUGAUCCUCGGGGUGAAGAGGCCGCCGGAGGAGAAGGUCAUUCCCCAGAAGACGUACGCUUUCUUCUCCCACACCAUCAAGGCCCAGGAAGCCAACAUGGGGCUGCUGGACGACCUGCUGAAGAAGGACGUGCGUCUGAUCGACUACGAGAAGAUGGUCGAUGCCAACGGCUUCCGGAUCGUAGCGUUCGGCCACUGGGCCGGGAUCGCAGGAAUGAUUAACAUCUUGCACGGAUUGGGGCUUCGCUUCCUCGCUCUCGGCCACCACACUCCCUUCAUGCACAUCGGCAUGGCUCACAACUACCGGAACGUCAGCCAGGCCAUCCAGGCAGUGAGGGAUUGUGGGUACGUGAUCUCCAUGGGGCUCAUGCCCAAAUCCAUCGGCCCCGUGACGUUUUGUUUCACCGGCACCGGCAACGUCUCCAAGGGAGCCCAAGACAUCCUCAACGAGCUUCCUGUCGAGUACGUUGAACCCCACGAGUUGAAGGACGUCUCUGAAACCGGAGAUAUGACCAAAGUGUACGCCACCGUUCUGAGCCGACAUCACCACCUGAUGAGGAAGAGCGACGGCUUUUACGACCCCAUGGAGUACGAGGACCACCCGGAACUCUACACCUCGCACUUCAGGACCAGCGUGGCGCCCUACACAACCUGUCUGAUCAAUGGCAUUUACUGGGACCCCCAAACCCCCCGACUCCUCAGACGACUGGACGCCCAGAAGCUGAUGCGACCCAAGACCUCCCCGUCGGCCACCGAGGGGUCGCCGGGGCUGCCUCACAAACUGCUGGCCAUCUGUGACAUAUCGGCUGACACCGGGGGCUCCAUCGACUUCAUGAACGAGUGCACUACCAUCGAUAAGCCCUUCUGCAUGUACGACGCCGACCAGCACAUCGACCACGACAGCGUGGAGGGGAACGGGAUCCUCAUGUGCUCCAUCGACAACCUUCCCGCUCAGCUGCCCGUCGGGGCCACGGAGUACUUCGGGGACCGACUCUUCCCCUACCUCUGGGAGAUGCUGCCUUCAGACGCCACCAGACCGCUGGACGAAGAGGACUUCAGCCCGCAAGUCAGAGACGCUGUCAUCACGUCGAACGGAGUCCUCACCCCGAAGUUCGAAUACAUUGAAAAACAUCGAGAAAGAAGGGAGAAGGCUCAGAUCAUGAAGAAGGCCGGGAUGAAGCGCGUUCUGCUGCUGGGUUCCGGGUACGUCUCCGGACCCAUCGUGGAGUAUCUGACUCGUGACGAGAAGACGCAGGUCACCGUGGCGUCGGUGCUGCUGAAGCAGGCGGAGGAGCUGGCAGCCAAAUAUCCCAACACCAUCCCCAUCAUGCUGGACGUCAGCAGCCAGGAAGGACACCUGGACUCUCUGGUCAAAGAUCACGACUUGGUCAUCAGCAUGCUGCCGUACACUCUUCACCCGCUCAUCGCCAAACACUGCAUCGAGAGGAAGGUGAACAUGGUGACGGCCAGCUACCUGAGUCCUGCCAUGAAGGAGCUGCAGAGCAGUGCGGUGGAGGCCGGCAUCACCAUAGUGAACGAGAUUGGACUGGACCCGGGCAUCGAUCACAUGCUCGCUAUGGAGUGUAUCGACAAGGCCAAAGCCGACGGCUGCAUCGUGGAGUCCUACAGCUCGUUCUGCGGCGGACUUCCUGCUCCAGAAUGUUCCGACAAUCCUCUCCGCUACAAGUUCAGCUGGAGUCCGUACGGCGUCCUGCUCAACACCAUCAGCACCGCCGUCUUCCUCCGAGACAACCAGGUGGUGAGCAUCCCAAGUGGCGGCGCUCUGAUGGAGUUCAGCGCGCCGAUGGAUUUCUUUCCUGGUUUCAACCUGGAGGGGUUUCCAAACCGCGACAGCACCAAGUAUGCCGAGGUUUACGGCAUCCCGACGGCACACACUCUGAUCAGAGGAACGCUGCGCUUCAAGGGCUUCUCGAAGGCCAUGAGUGGGUUCGUCAAACUGGGUCUGAUCAACAGCGACCCCUGUCCCAUCCUGAAGCCGAACUCAUCCCCCGUUUCCUGGAAAGCCCUCCUCUGUGAGCAGAUGGGAUUGUCCUCUUCUAUUUCCCAUGAUGCCUUUGAAGAAGCCGUCUUCGAACGCGUCGGAAAGGACGACUUUGUGAUGGACACCCUGAGAUGGUUUGGGAUGCUGAGCGAUGAGUCGGCGGUUCAAGCCGACAGCGUUCUGGCCGCUCUGACGAAACACCUGGAAGCUAAAUUAUCCUUCGAUAAGUCCGAGCGAGACAUGAUCCUCAUGAGGACUGACGUUGGGCUUCGCCAUCCAACCGGCGAGCUGGAGACCAAACACAUUAGCCUGGCGGUGUACGGCGACCCCAGCGGCUUCUCCGCCAUGGCUAAAACUGUAGGAUACCCAGCAGCCAUUGCUGCCCGCAUGGUCCUUGAUGGUGAAAUCCUUACAAAGGGACUCGUGGUUCCCAUGACGAAGGAUAUCUACCGGCCGGCGCUGGCCUGCCUGAAGGAGGAAGGACUUCACUUCAUGUCCAAGAGCACUCUGCAGGAGUAAAAGCUCAAAAGGGCAAAAAGGUCAUCUUUUAUUGUGUUAGAAAUUUAAAUGUUGUAAUAAUUUGGUUUUGAAGCAGUUCAGAUGAUAUUCGGUAAUCUGUGGUUUAAUAUUAACAUUCUGACUGUCGACUGUGUCAGAGAAACGUUCUUCUGUGAAGAUGUGUAGAAGCUCUAAUGAUCAAACACCAUGUUUGGCGUUAGAAAUUUAAAGCAUUAAAAAGCACAAACAUUGUCUCAUUGUAAAACCAUUGUAGAAACUUCCUAGUAAACUAUUCCUGGAGAGUAGAUGGCAAAUUCUGACAUUGCUUAAAGCAAUGAGCGUUAGUUUCUCUUGUCGGUCUGUGCAGCUAACGUAGGUUUCUCUUGUCAGUCUGUGCAGCUAACUUAAGUUUCUCUUGUCAGUCUGUGCAGCUAACUUAAGUUUCUCUUGUCGGUCUGUGCAGCUAACUUAAGUUUCUCUUGUCAGUCUGUGCAGCUAACGUAGGUUUCUCUUGUCGGUCUGUGCAGCUAACUUAAGUUUCUCUUGUCGGUCUGUGCAGCUAACUUAAGUUUCUCUUGCUGGUCUGUGCAGCUAACGUAGGUUUCUCUUGUCGGUCUGUGCAGUCUGUGCAGCUAACGUAGGUUUCUCUUGUCAGUCUGUGCAGCUAACUUAAGUUUCUCUUGUCAGUCUGUGCAGCUAACUUAAGUUUCUCUUGUCGGUCUGUGCAGCUAACUUAAGUUUCUCUUGUCAGUCUGUGCAGCUAACGUAGGUUUCUCUUGUCGGUCUGUGCAGCUAACUUAAGUUUCUCUUGUCGGUCUGUGCAGCUAACUUAAGUUUCUCUUGCUGGUCUGUGCAGCUAACGUAGGUUUCUCUUGUCGGUCUGUGCAGUCUGUGCAGCUAACGUAGGUUUCUCUUGUCGGUCUGUGCAGCUAACUUAAGUUUCUCUUGUCAGUCUGUGCAGCUAACUUAAGUUUCUCUUGUCGGUCUGUGCAGCUAACUUAAGUUUCUCUUGUCAGUCUGUGCAGCUAACGUAGGUUUCUCUUGUCGGUCUGUGCAGCUAACUUAAGUUUCUCUUGUCGGUCUGUGCAGCUAACUUAAGUUUCUCUUGCUGGUCUGUGCAGCUAACUUAAGUUUCUCUUGUCGGUCUGUGCAGCUAACUUAAGUUUCUCUUGUCGGUCUGUGCAGCUAACUUAAGUUUCUCUUGUCGGUCUGUGCAGCUAACUUAAGUUUCUCUUGCUGGUCUGUGCAGCUAACUUAAGUUUCUCUUGCUGGUCUGUG